AUGAAUACUUCGAAGUUUUUCCUUGUUCUAGCCUGCACAUUGGUCUUGUCCAAGCCAUAUUUUGUACAGGGAAGGGGCUACACUGUGUACGUUAUUAAUGACUUAGGUCCGAUUGAGAAACUGAACGUUCACUGCAAAUCCAAAGAUGAUGAUCUUGGUCCGCAUACGCUUGGGUUUGGCGAAGAAUUUUAUUGGGUUUUUGAUCUCAACGUCUUCGGAACAACUCUUUUCUGGUGUAACAUGGAUUGGGGGAAUAAACAAGGUAGUUUUGAGAUCUUCAAUGCUAGAAAAGAGCAAUAUAAGUGUGGGAAUACCUUUGAUGGCCAUUAUUAUAGGAAGGUAAGAAAGGAUGGAGUAUAUUAUAACAAGCACAGAGAUGGAGACUAUUGGAAAAAGUAUUCAUGGUAG